AUGAAGGUGUCUGCACUUCUCUCUGCUAUAGUCGCCGCUGGCCUAGUUUCAGCCGCACCUGUUGAUUCCGGCAAUCAAAAUCUUUCUGUUCGCGACGUGAUCCUCCCCGGUGGUAUUCAUGGGCUUCCGCCUCGCGAUGCUACUGCGCCUGGCGGUAUUCACAUUCGGGAUGACGCCCCGGAGGGAGGGCCCAGCAAAGCUAGUCAUGGUGACGAAGACUACUGCGAGCAAGAUGAGGAUAAAGGAAAAGGCGACAGCCACCGAAAUGAUGGCCACGGAAAUAGUGGUCAUGGAAAGGGAAGCAAUGGCACUGACUGGGCCAUGGGGAACUAUAAGAGAAGUCCAGUUCCUCAGGGCCAGGGGCAAGAUGACCUACCCCAUGGAAAGGAUGACCUCCCUCAUGGAAAAGAUGACCUCCCUCAUGGAAAAGAUGACCUCCCUCAUGGAAAAGAUGACCUCCCUCAUGGAAAGGAGGACCUCCCUCACGGGGAGAAUGAUUAUGUUAGCGGCGAGGAGGUGAAUCUUGGCCAGUAG